GGAAGCAUAAUGGGGUCUCCGACCCUCCCAUCCCAGAAUGACUCUACUCAUAAGGGAGGAGGUCUGGACACCCCGGUCCUGUGGGUGCCAUCUUGUGGGACCUUAAAUUCACAUGGAGGAGUGACACACAGGUGGGUGGGAGGACAGACCCCACCUCUGGAGGUGCUUCUGGGUCUCUUCCAGGAUGGCCGAGGAGACGGCCACACCAUGGGCCUUGGAGGCGAGGGCAGCCAUCUUGGCAGCCAGGGUCCGGCUCUCACUCUCCAGCUGUUGGUGCCGUUUCUGCAGCCUCUGGCUGGAGCGCAGGUCCUGCGCUCAGGGGGAAGUGGGCGAGAAGUCCCUGGAGGUCACCGUUUGGGAUUACGACAUUGGAAAAUCCAACGAUUUCAUUGGUGGUGUGGUUCUGGGCAUCCACGCCAAGGGGGAGCGCCUGAAGCACUGGUUUGACUGCCUGAAGAACAAGGACAAGCGCAUCGAGCGCUGGCACAUGCUCACCAGCGAGCUCCCAGGGGCUGUGCUCAGCGACUGACGCCCACCCGCCACUGCUACCCCUGCCGCCACCUGCGCCCGGCACGGCUGGCCCCGGGCUUCCCCAGCAGCCACCAAGGCCUGUGGCCCCCACACUGGGGGAGAUCCAGAACCCCUGCUUGGACACAGAGCCACUGCAGUCCCCGCUCGGAGGACGUGGAGGGCUCAGCCACUCUGGGACGGGGAGGGCAAGGAGCUGGGGUGGGGGGCUCUCAGCCCUCUGGGGCCCAAGAAGCCGGUGGUGGAAAGAGACCUCAGCACCUGCCCAGGGGAAGGGGACACGCCCAUCUGGGAGCAAAGACCCUUCUAGAGGCCAGCCCUGGCUGAGAGGACAGGAGUGUGGGGGCGCCUUGGCGGACAGUGGGAACAGAGGAGGGAGGUGGUGAGCAGACAGACAGGUGGAGGAUGGGACCUUGAAGACUGGCUGCUCCAGCCCAAGAAAGCCUGACUGCAUCCCUCAUCUCCUUCGCUGCUGGGCAGAUGGAAGAAGUGGGCUUGCCGGCCGAAAGUCUGCCAGAGUUCCCGGAGGCUCCUGAUGACGGGUAAAUUGGCACAUGCUUCACUCAAUGAUUCCACAAGCCCUGGGGGUGAAUGAGACACAGGGCCUGCCCUCAGGGAGUUCCCAUCUAGUCAGGAAGCCGGAACAAACCAUUCCAACUGGGGUGAGAAAUACCAAGACCAGCUUGACCAGUCUGCAAGUACCGUGGGCUCUGCUGACUCUGCCGGGAGGUCAGGGAAGGCUUCCUGGAGGAGGCGGUGCUUCCGUAAGGCCUUGGAGG